GGAUUCGCCCUUUGCCCUGAGCUCUUUCUACUAAGCCAAUCAUUACCCACCCACCGCUCACUUUCAAUCAUCAACGUCAAGGCUGUCCGUAACGCUUGAUACGAAUUAGACUGCAUGAUUUGAGAUCGAAUUGCUACACCACGCUAUCUGGCUCUUUGGAGCCUCGUUCCUUCACCACUCCUUGCGAAAUGUUCUCCCGACGAGCCUUGAGCCUGGCCGCGAGGUCAACUCGAACCUUUGCCCGACCCCAACCGCGCAUUCCUAGAGCUCCAUUCUCAGUCGCACAAUGUCAGAGAGCAGAGGUACAGCCGGAUGGUGGAAGAGUCCUCCCUACGGACAAGACUCUGGGAGAAAUUGAUGAUGUGGAAAUGAACGGCGGAUACAUAAACCCUCCUCGGGUGAAGAGACAAUUCCGCGACCCCUAUGCCGAAUGGGACGAUCCUCAAGAACGACGCAACUUUGGCGAGCCAGUACAUGAGGAUAACGAUGUACUGGGUGUUUUCGCAUUAGAAGACUACAGGCACAUGACAACAUCUCGAGGUCUGCUGAUGUGGGCGGGCUUCAUCUCGGUGGUAUUGAGUUUGAGCUAUGCUGUGGCAUCGACUUAUCCUGGUAAACCGAGUGCUCCGAAGGAAUAUGAGGCUGGUUUGGACAGAGAACUGGGAGGCGCAGGUGCUGUUAGGGCUUUCCAAACUGGUGAUGAAACUGAGAAUUGAGUACAAUAGUAGCCGAAUGUGUAUAUACUCAAGAGGCGCAUUGUCGCUGCCAAAGUCGGUCUAUGAAUUAACCUGUACACGCGAG